GCAUUAUUUCACUCCCUGCCAGGGGAAGCUCAGAAAAAUGAUGAUAAUCGGAUGAAGAUAUAUCCGACUGAGACACAGGGAGAACGCAAAAAGAUAAGGAGAUUCUGACCGUUUGGUGUUGACUGAUGAGCUAUCAGAUCAGAUCUCAAAUAAUCCACAUGAUCAGACUGGGUUUAAUUCGCCAAGAUUCAGGCUGGGUGAGGAAAAUGUGAUCACAGAGGAAAAGGAAAGCGCCACACCGAUUGUUAAUGGACAUUUGCAGAUGUAGGAUGGACACAGACGUGAGGCUGGAGUCAAGUUUGUGGGUCGGAAAUAAGAGAUACCGGGCGGUGCUGACGGGCUGGUAUUUCAACUGGACUGAGGUUGAUAAGAACCGCGAUAAGAAAACAGUUUCAGUGCCUGUUGCAGAGGUGAUUGGAGUGGAGGAGGGCCAGGUGGAGAUCCUACCCCAGAAGUGUGUUGAAGACACUGACAAAGACUUCACAGUUUUCUAUGUGAAGCGCAGCAGCAGUGGUGGUUCCUAUGGGUUGCUAUGGAGACUGGGCCGGACCCAGUUCAGCUGCCCGAGUCGGGUCCUCAGGGACCAGUGGACACAACACCUGAGAGCCGCCCUCAAAACUCACGGUCCCUUGCGCCCACACAGGCUGUUGGUGUUUAUUAACCCGUUUGGGGGAAAGGGGAGAGGAAGAAAGAUCUACCAUUCUCUGGUGGCCCCUCUGUUUGAGCUGGCUGGUAUCAACUCUCAUGUAAUUGUGACUGUCCAGGCAAACCAGGCCAGAGACCACCUACUGAAGAAAGACCUGACAGGUUUCGACGGUGUGGUGUGUGUGGGCGGGGAUGGCAUGUUCAGCGAAGUGCUGCACGGUUUGAUUGGGCGAACACAGCAAGAGGCGGGCCUCUCUGAGAACGAUCCCACCGUGGCUUUACAGCCCUGUCCGCUUCAUAUUGGCAUCAUUCCUGCAGGUUCUACAGACUGUGUGUGUUUCGCCACAGUGGGAGUCAUCGACCCUGUUACUUCAGCUUUACACAUCAUCAUUGGAGACUCCCAGCCUCUGGAUGUGUGCUCAGUCCACAACCCCUCUGCUGUGGUGCGUUACUCUGUGUCCCUGUUGGGCUAUGGCUUCUACGGGGACGUCCUGGCUGAGAGUGAGAAGCAUCGCUGGAUGGGACCUCUCAGAUACGACUACUCAGGUGCUACGGUGUACCUGAGCAACCGAAGCUAUGCAGGCGUAGUUCAGUACUUACCAGCAGACCCUCUUCUGUCCAGCCCCAGGGACAACACACGCUGCCUCUCAGGGUGCAGCGUGUGUUCAAGAAGCACUGAAAGGCUUUUCCACCACUCUUCCGAUUCAGGCUCCUUGUACAGCUCCCACCUCAGCCAGUUCAGUAGUGACUCAGAAGGUGAAUGGGUGAGUGUGAAAGGCAGGUUCAGGUGUGUAUCUCUCACCUGUAUGUCCAGCUCGUGUCCCAAGAGUCCUCUGGGCCUUUCUCCCUCUGCUCACCUGGCUGACGGGACAGCCGACCUCAUCCUGGUAUGGGACACGCACCCGCUCGGCUUCCUCAAGUUCCUCUACAGGCACAUAACCACACAAGACCAGUUUGACCUGCCGUUUGUCGAGGUCCACCGAGUGAAGGCCAUUCGUUUCUCACCCUCACCUGAAGAAGAGGAGGAGGACGACGAAGAGAAACUAGGGAUGAGUGGAGCAGUAAAUGAAAAAGAGGGCCACCAUGUGCAGGACGGAGAGACCAGGAGCAGUAAUGGAUCCCAGCAGCACCUGGCACCAAGAGGAGUGACCAAACACCAGAAGGGGAUCAGCUCGUUGCUGUGUGGUCUGUGCUGCAGAAAGGCGCCGGCCGUCUCCGUGUGGAACUGCGACGGAGAGAUUCUGCCUUUCACCGAGCUCCUCUGCAGGGUCCACGGUCAGCUGGUGCGUCUUUACGCCCGGGGCAUCGAGGACGGAGCCGCUGCCAAUACAAGCCAGCAGUGAGGAAAAAGUCACGUGUGACAGGAUGCAUCCUGCACAAGUAACAGCUCUUAACCAACUGUGUAACUUCGGUCGCAGUUGAUGACAGAAAAACGACGUCACUGGAGUGAAAGGCAAACACGUGAACGUACUAACCCAGUAACAAACCAAGCCAUCAGUUUCAGGAUAUCCCUGUCAGUGUUGACCAAAGAAUUCCUAAUAUUUCAGGCACUUUUAUAGGUUUUCGACAGUGCAAUAAUUUCAAUCAGCUCAAGACUAUUUAUUCUUGAAUGUAUGUGUGUGUUUGACAUACGGCUCCAUGACACUUUGGAUAAAAACACUUACUAAAUUACAAUACACAUUACUCAGUCAGGAUGUAUGAUCUCUAGGCAAAACAGUUUAUGUUUUGCCUAGAGACUUGUUACUGUAUGUGUCGUUUAUGCCUCUGAACUGAUGUUCACUUGAGCUUCCAGUCUGUGAAAACAUGGCAUAUGCCAGUAGAGACCAAAAAGCUGUUGCGUGAACAUAUCUUUUACAAUAAAAAGUCUGUUUCCAGUACACUUUAUUGU